GGCUGAGCAGGCUUUGGAAUACGUCGAUUUUCCUGACACGAUGAUGAGCCUGGACAACCUUCGCCGAAAUCAACUGACGCAAUGGAUGUUGAUGUCGAUUCAGAGCAUGAUGCUGUUAUACCGAUAGCCGAGGUUUCUACCGAAGAUCAGGGCAUCGACGUGGGUGCACAACUCUUUCCAGAGUCUGUGGCAGAUGACUUCCUUCCCGGGUCUUCUCGCUCUUCCUUGCGUCGUUCGUCACGCAGAACUUCUCCACAAAAUUCUGUGGCGUCUUCUGAACAUUCGUCUAUUGGACGGUUCGAUUCUCCUCAUCCCAGUAGUACACCUGAGGAACAGAGUAGGUAUGUAUUCCUUGGUGGACACAGGGUAUGCAACUGGGAAGACGUUCGGGAGGAGAUGCGCGCAGAUCCUGUAUAUCAUCUAGCUGAUAACCUUCCACACGCGCUGCAAGACCACAUCAAUGCAAUGCCUCUGCAUACAAGGAUGCAGCCCCCGAUGCGGCUUGUUUUCGAAUCCAUGAUUCGCGAAAACACAGCAGACGACGAACCCUUCGCGCCACCCAUCGUAAUCGAAAACCUCGUAGACGACCAGCCUACACCAGAAUGGGAGUUCCACUACACAAAUAAGAUGUGGCACGGGAAGGGUGUGCCACCGCCAGAUAUGAAGGGACUCGAGUGUUGUGACUGUAGUGGGUCUUGCGCCAAGAACAAGGACUGCGCGUGCAGGAAGCGUCAGUUGAGACAUGCCGAGGACAGUGGCUUGAAAGACUGGAUAUACGAUCCGCAGGGUCGGGUACGCAAUGAGUGUCUUUUGUACAGAGUACCGAUCUUCGAAUGCAACGACUUGUGUCGCUGCGAAGAUGACUGCCGGAACCGAGUUGUCCAGAAUGGAAGGAAAAUUCCGGUCAAGAUUGCGAAGACCGAGAAAAAGGGCUGGGGUGUCUUCUACUCUGGUACCAAACGAAUACCCAGAGGGACAUUUGUGGGUAUCUAUGCGGGUGAAAUCUUGACAGAAGAAGAGGCUGAAAUGCGUGGAAUGACAUAUGAUAAAUGGGGGAGAACGUAUCUAUUCGACUUGGACUUCGGUCAUCUUGACGAAAUCAAUGAGGCCCACAAGUACUCAGUGGAUGCAUAUCAUGCUGGCAACUUUACGAGGUAUUUGAACCAUUCCUGCAGUCCCAACUGUGUGUUGGCAGCAUGUUACAUCAACGAAGCCAAUUUGCACAAGCCACUGCUGGCCAUAUUCACGUGUGAAGACGUCUCGGCGGGGGAGGAGUUUACGUUCUCGUAUUCCGGGCCGGUCGAUGAAAAAACCGUUGCUGAAACGGCAAAGAAAGUGAAAGAAGGCAAGGUCUCUGAUGUUCAUACUGCUUGCCACUGUGGGGCAGCGAUUUGCAAUGGAUGGUUGUUUGCUUGACGAUACGCGAUCGAAGACAAAAGGACACGAGUAGACGAACGUAUGACCAGAAUAUUAAAGGCGAAUAUAGCCUAUUUCUUUUGAAUCAAAGUUUUGAAGGGAGAGUGAAUCGGUCGCCACGUCUCCCGCUCCGCUUCAACACUGACCAGACCGCCGCCCUGGAUCCGCCUUUUCGUAUUGCGAGUAAUGGCGCGAAAACGGUACAUAGUCGGGCUUGAAACUGUAACCGUGUCGACCGAGAUU